AUGUGGCUUUCUCCCCCAUCAUGUACCUCGUAUUGUAUCGCUCUACUUCGUUAUCUCUACAACCCCACAUUCUUUGGUCCAGCUUUCAGCUUCAUUUAUUCGCACGCAAUUCUAUCAGGCCUAGACCGUGAUAAUUGUUGCCGAGUGGAUUGGUACUCCAUCGAAAGAGCAUACAAUUCAACUUCUUCGUACACACCGAAGACAGUUCAUACCCGGAAUAUAGGCGGUGCGAGGAGAGACAAAUACGUACUGUAUUGGCGUACUCAACUAGCCCACUACGAGGCCAUUUAUAACUCUGACCAUCUUCCUAUUCACCCUGCUGUCAUAUUUUAUCGGAAUGCGCAGUCAGCAUUACGUAUUCCUCGUAAGAACUUAAGCAAACCCUCUCAGUUCACAUGCAUGGCAACAUCAGUACAAAAGUCGUCUUGCGAGCUGCCACUCAAUUCCGAGAUGACUAGUUGCAUCAAAGGUUCUUGCACCAUCAAGGAGGCAUUAACGACAAAAGACUUCUCCGAAACUGCCUUCGGAGGGCCCAUUCGCGACCACACGAAAGCGUCGGAAUCGCCAUCAUAUCUGUCAUUCUGCGCCCUUUCGCUCGAUUACCAUGCUGUGGAGGAACCUGGGGGUUGGACGACUGGGCGAUUCUCGUCGCAAUGCAAGGCUAAGGUGCAUCAGAUGCCUGUGCUACCUCUUACCGGCCUUACGGUAGUUCGUACGUGCCGCGAAAGGAUAUAUAGACCAUCCCUUUCCACAAAAUCACGCCAUUCGCAAACCUAA